AUGGACGAGGAGAUGAUUGACCCCGAAAUCCAAGGGAUUGAAGAUGAGAUUGCCGAAUUAGAAACGCGCUUAGCUGCCGCGAAGGCACGACUGCUCUCCAAUGGCGGCAGCGUAAAGCGGCCAAUAGAGCCCACACCGAUGGUCACCGAUUCAACGUCUAAUAUCGCUAAUCAUUUUAUAUUGCUCCUCUCCGACUCUGCCCUUCCUGUUGGAUCAUUCGCCUUCAGCAGCGGCUUGGAGUCCUAUCUAGUUCAUAACCCGCGCACGUCCAACUUUACAACUUUCCUCCCGUUAUCCAUCUCCUCCUUCGCUUCUACUACUCUUCCAUUUGUUCUCGCAGCAUGUAGGGAUCCCAUCAAUUUAGCGUCUCUAGACGAUCAAUUGGAUGCGGCCAUCAUUUGCACCGUCGGAAGGCGAGCGAGCACUUCCCAGGGGCGAGCGCUCCUAAGCAUUUGGGAGAGGUCAUUUCGGUCUACAGUACCGCCUGGCUCUACCGCUGCUGAUGCGCAGAUUCUCCGACAUUUCUCAGAUUUACUAAGAAAAAGCAACGGGAUGGAGAUUCCCCUGGUUUCUGCUCACUUCGGGCCUCUGUUUGGUGCCCUCUGUGCUAUUGUUGGACUCAGUCUACGCCAGACCGCAUAUGUCUUCAUGCUCAGUCAUGUCAAGGCUUUGCUAUCGGCAGCAGUGCGUGCAAGUGUGUUUGGGCCCUACCAAGCUCAAAAGGUCUUGGCUAGUGAAAGGGUUCAGCGAUUGAUCAACGCUGCAAUUGAUAAAGAAUGGCAUACGACGGUUGAAGAUGCUGGUCAAAGUGUUCCCAUCAUGGACCUUUGGAUUGGUCGUCAUGAAGUUUUAUAUUCCCGAAUAUUCAACAGUUAA